AUGUUUUCCAAGCAGGAGUCGCUGGAGCCCUUCAUUGAAGUGUCCGACGACUCUUCACUUCCUAAGAGCAGGGUUUUGGAGCUUUCGAGCAUAAGUCUGGUCUCAAAUACCAAGCAUGCUCAGAAAGUAGCUAUCAACGAGCUGCAGGACUUAGAGGACCUCGAUUUCGAAGACAGUUCAUUGCGCAAAAUACCCGGAUCUAUCCCGCCUGUCGCAUAUCUGAUCUGUUUGGUUGAGCUCGCUGAGAGAGCGUCCUACUAUGGACUUACCGGCUGUCUCAAUAAUUUUAUACAAAGACCACUGCCGCCAGGCUCAACCACCGGCUCUGUCCUUGAUCCAACCUCAGACCAGAGUGCAGGCGCUCUUGGUCUUGGACUUGGUGUCGCUUCGUUUCUGACGCAAAUGCUUAGCUUUUUGGCAUAUAUCACUCCGUUGUAUGGCGGAUAUGUCGCAGACACAAAAUACGGCAAGUUCAAGAGCGUCUGGGUGGGCGUCACCAUUGGCUUCUUUGCUCAUAUGUUGCUUGUCGCAGCUUCUUUACCAUUUGUGAUCAAAAUUGUCUGGCUCUCUAUGCUUUUGACUGUUGUCAGCAUUAUAGGUAUUGGUUUCAGUGCGGGCUACAUUAAACCAAAUCUUUUCCCUUUGUUGGUGGACCAAUACGCUGUUGAUGGAAACUACAUCAAAGUACUUCCCACAGGAGAGCGGGUGAUUGUGGACCGAGAUGCCACGCUCGAGCGAAUGAGUCUAAUCUAUUAUUUCUUCAUCAACUUUGGCUGCUUCGUGGCCAUCUUUUCCUCCAUUAUCGAGAGAGCUUUCGGAUUCUGGAUGACGUAUGGGUUCACUGCCCUUGUGUAUUCUGUCCUUCCUAUUAUGCUUAUUUACCUCAAACCUCGCUUGCAUCUGAGUGAGCCAACAGGCGUGUCAAUCUUUGAGGAGGUGAUUCUUUUGCUCAAAGAGCUAUUCCAAUCUGGCUGGUUCUCCAGAAUGCGCCACGGCCAGUUCUGGAGCAUCCAAAUCUCGGCAGCUACACAAAAAUUGGCUCCUUCAGUGACGAUCGAGGAUCUGAACACCACGGUUCAGUCAUGUGCCAUUUUUCUGUAUUUUAUCAUUUUCAACUUGAAUGACGGGUCUAUCGCUUCCAUCCAGAUUAACCAAGCCGGUUCAAUGAGAACCAGCGGCAUCCCCAAUGACAUGUUCCAGUCUUUUAAUCCUUUAGCAAUCCUGAUAAUCAUCCCGAUCCAGGACUAUCUACUCUAUCCAUUUCUGCGCAAACGGCGACUGACAUUCCACCCAGUUCAUAAAAUAACCCUUGGAUUUUGUAUCUCGGCUACAGGUACACUUGUUGGGGCUUGUCUUCAAUAUCUAAUUUACAUCCGUAGCGAAUGUGGAUGGGAAGGAGCCUCCGAGUGUGAAACAGUGGCUCCAAUAUCAGCUUGGUGGUGCUCCCUGAUGUUUGGGCUACAAGCUACCGGAGAGUGUUUUGCAACUGUUACUGCUUACGAGCUAGCUUAUACGAUGUCAUCUCCAGCAAUGAAGAGUUUUGUGGUGGCCCUCUUUCUAUGCUCAAACGCAAUUUCGAGCAUUGUGGGCGAGAUUAUUAGCUUCUGGGCACAUGAUCCUAAUCUGUAUGCCAUCUUCAUGAGCUGUGCGCUGCUUGGAUACGGGUUCGCUCUCGUGUUUCUUGUGCAGUUCAAAAUCCUACAUAAGCAAUUUAAUAAUUGAUUGACCUGACCCCCCUAAUUCUAUAUUAGUGAUAUAUACAUGAUCACAGGUCUGUAAGCCCCUGUUGCUUGACCUCAUUAAUUUUGUCGUAAUUGAUUCCAUCGAGAAUGGCUUUAGCGCCUCCAUUAAUUAACAGCAAUGCCAAUUCAUGACCAAAUGCAACAGAUUCUUCGAAAUUUUCAACUUUUCUCAUUAAACUCUUCUCAACAGAUAGAGUUCCUUCGACACUGAGCACAACCGAUUUCAUGUACAAUUCGUGAGUGUCUUUAUUAUACUCUGACCAAACUCCCACAGGAACAGAGCAUCCUCCUUCUAAAGUGCGCAAGAGUUCUCUUUCCGCACGGCAUCUGAUCGAAGUCGACUUACAGUCCAACCGUUGGCAGAUCUUUUUCAUUUUUGGAUCAUUUUUACGGAUUUCAACUCCGAGAGCUCCUUGUCCAACGGCGUAUAGCAUCUCCUCAGGGCCCAAAAAUUGCGUGAUUCUGUGGCCCAUAUUUAUUCUUAUCAAGCCGGCAGCGGCCAGAAUAACACAUGCGUAAUCGGAAUCUGGAGCAUCAAGCUUGUUGAUUCUGGUAUUAAGGUUUCCUCUGAUGCUCUUGAACCUCAAGUUAGGAUAGUUCUUUAGUAACUGCGCAGAUCUUCUAACGGAAGAAGUUCCAACCACAGAACCGUCGGGUAAGUCAGAAAGGGACUUGUAUGGAGAAUCUUUUUUCAUGACUAGCGCGUCUCUUGGGUCUAUCAUCGUUAGUAAAAAGCAAAUGGCCAUCAUCAGAAUAAGAUGUUUCCUCAAUGUAAUUAGGAAGUCUAACGUCUAUCAAGAAAUCUUUAAGUUCAUCAUGAUGGUUUAAAUGUAACUUACCUUCUCUUUGGAGAAUGCAUCCGAGUUCAAAUUCGUCUGGCAAGCUAGUUGGCAUGUCUUUAAGCGAGUGCACAAUCAUGUCUAUUUGUUCGAACUCACCAAAGCUCUGAAGUAGAAGAACCUCCAACUCUUUGGUCCACAGCGACUUACCGCCAAAUGAGUACAGCGGCUUGUUUUGCACUUGAUCACCCAAAGUGCUCAAUUUGACAAUUGGAGUUUGCAGUUUAGGGUAGAGCUUUUGAAUGCCGAUACCAACAAUUUCCGAUUGUACGACAGCCAGCUGGGAUUUUCUGGAGCCUAUGCGAACAGUAUUGUUGGGAAUAUCAAGGUCAUCCUCGGCCUCUGCAAGGAUGGGUCCAGAUUUCGACUGAUUAUUAAUAAAAAAUGAGGCCGACGAUUCGUGAGCAACCUUUUCUUUAUUAACAGUGGAAGAAGCGGAAUUCGUUGUCUGGGACAUCUUUUGCUGUGAUUGUGGCAACUGUGCUGGUCCUAGUGAGUGGAUGGUAUGCAACUUAUUGAGCGGUGAUUGGUGAAGUGGUGACGACAACAUUGGAUAGGUGAUAGUAUUAAAGCUCAAGGCGCUCAGACUAACUCAAAGAAAAUUAACUAAAAC